AUGGUGAGGGGAACUCAUGCGGUUAUGAUUAAAAGAUAUGUAUUGAGAGAGGCAAACUUGGUCGGACAAUUUAUUGCCGAGAUUGAGGUACAAUCUCUGACUCAUCACCCUAACACAGUCUCUUUGAUAGGAUUUUGUGAAGAGAAGGAUGAGUUGAUCCUCGUGUACGACUACAUGGGAAACGGGACAUUGAAAAGUCAUCUCCACGGAAGCGAUAACGAUCCACUUCUUUGGAAAAAACGGCUUGAGAUUUGCAUCAACACUUCACGAGCUCUCGAAUACCUCCAUACAAAUGAAGAGCAACAAUUCGUCCUCUGUGACCUAAACCCAUCGAACGUACUUUUGGAUGAUAAAUGUGCUGCGAAAGUUGCCACUUUUGACUUUUCCGUACCUAUUCCCACUAGCAUGGCAACCGAGGGCAUGGAAACAAAUAUCAUUGGCAUGAUGGGAGUUUUUGGCACCAAGGGAUAUUUGGACCCUGAGUACCUGCACAAUUGGAUGAGGUUUUGUUGCUUGAUUGGUUCCGCGCAUGCAUCGAAAGAGGAACUAUCAAUGGGGUCAUUGAGGCAUUAUGUCAAUAUAGCACUAAGUUGUGUGGUUGAAGGGGGCAUCCGACGCCCUUCUAUGAACGAUGUGUUGCGUGGCCUUCAAUCUUUAUUGCAAAUGCAAGAGGCUUGGGAAAAUUCCUAUUGGAUGGGUGAUGAGUUACAUAUGGCCCACGUCUCCGGAUUCAACAAUGACAUCAUCUCUGUCCAAAGCGAGUUCACAAUUGGUGGACAGACCUAUCUUAUUUCAAAUUUGGUUCGACCAUCGACUCCUAUAUCCUCCUUGGGAUACUCGUCAUCCUCAGAAUCUGCUGGUGGACUGCUUGGUUGUGCUGGGUAUUUGGCUAUUAUCAACAUUUUUGCAUAUAUAAUUGUACCAGAUUAA